CGUCGCUGGGUUGGCCGGCUCCCCGUGGGGCUGUGGUUCCAGCUUCGCCAGGCCCGGGCGGGCGCCGGGGCCCGGUGCCCUGGGGGCUGCCGGCCCGCUCUUCGGGGUCCUGCUCGCUCAUCACCUCUCGCACAUCCCCAGUAGGGAAGGUCGGGGAAAUACCGUCUCCGGCUUUCCGCGGCGGCUGUGUCCUCGAGGAAAGGGGGUCGGGGGCAGGGUCCUUGUGACGGAAGCCCCUGCUGAGCUCCUCGGUGACCUUGGCAGGCCCGAGGGGCCCGCGCGCCUCUCCCUCCCCCGCCCGUCCCCGCUCGCCGACGUCUGUAGGUCUCCGCGUCCGCGCCCUGCCGGAGGCAGUGACCUGGCCUGGCUUUGAGCCCGGCUUCGUGCCGUCGAGGACCUCGGUGUAGUUGAACUCUCACAGCUUUUUCUAGCCCGGCUUUGGGCACUUGUUCGUGGGUGUGCGUUUCUGUUUUCCUCUAAAUGUUCCCAGGAGGCUUCUCAACAGGUGUCAGCUCCCCAGAGGCCUGCGUGUCUGCGUGGCAGUGGAAGGAGCCUCUCCUGCUUCCCCUUCUGAGUGCCUGGGAUUCGAGGCCCAGGAGAAGCAGCAGAGAUGUCCAACGAGCCACCCCCUCCUUAUCCUGGAGGCCCCACGGCCCCCCUUCUGGAGGAGAAGAGUGGAGCCCCACCUACCCCAGGCCGCACCUCCCCAGCUGUGAUGCAGCCCCCACCAGGCAUGUCGAUGCCCCCCGCAGACAUCGGUCCCCCACCCUAUGAGCCACCAGGUCACGCGAUGCCUCAGCCCGGCUUCAUCCCCCCGCACAUGAAUGCAGACGGCACGUACAUGCCUCCAGGUUUCUACCCUCCUCCAGGCCCCCACCCACCCAUGGGCUACUAUCCACCAGGGCCCUAUCCGCCAGGGCCCUAUCCUGGCCCUGGGGGCCACACUGCCACAGUCCUAGUUCCUUCAGGGGCCGCCACCACGGUGACGGUGCUGCAGGGAGAGAUCUUUGAAGGUGCACCUGUACAGACGGUAUGUCCCCACUGCCAGCAGGCCAUCACCACCAAGAUCUCCUAUGAGAUUGGCCUGAUGAACUUCGUGCUGGGCUUCUUCUGCUGCUUCAUGGGGUGUGAUCUGGGCUGCUGCUUGAUCCCUUGCCUCAUCAACGAUUUCAAGGACGUGACGCACACGUGCCCCAGCUGCAAAGCCUACAUCUACACGUACAAGCGCCUGUGCUAACGGAGCCGGGACUGGACUCCCUGCUGUCAGUCUGGCCCCCUGUGCUUCUGCUCCCCUUGCUCAGUGGCUCGCUUCCCCGCUCCCACUUGGGGAUGGAAGCCGUUCCACCGGUCCCCUGGAAGUCCUGUCCUUUUUGGCUUGCCCUUCCCUGAGCAUCUGACUCUUCGGCAAAAAUUCUGUUGGAUUUAAGGCCAAGGGUCAGCGAGUGGCAGGCGGAUGGCACUGAGCCGCAUGUUGCUGGUUUGCUUGGUGUUUGUGAUGAGGAAGAUAAACUGGGAAGGGUCUCCUCGCACAGUCUCCCUGCUGGGGUCGCUCUCAUUCCUCUUCUGUACAAAGUAUAGAUUUGGUCCAGACUCUCCCUGGGACCAAAAGCAGCCAGAGCAGAACUGGGGCCUGCACUGGGGCUGUAUCUGUAGCCACGGUUAUUUCUGAUCUGCUGGGCUGAGAGAGGGGGAGUGGACCCAAGCAGGACAGGGACGUAAGGCCUGACUCUGUUUUGGGGUGCCAGAGGUGGGCAUGAGUAUUAGAAGGAAUGACUCUGGCCCUCAGAACUCAGAAACUCAACACCUUUUCCAAGUGCCCAGGAGUCACCUGGGGUAAGGUAGAGAGGUUACCACACCUGCAAGUAAUGGGGUAAGCAGCUAAGGUUCCCGCUUGCCAAGAAGGGACUUGCCUCUGGCCCCUGCCCAGCUCCCUUUCUGGCCACCCCUCCACAAACCCAUCUUUGCUAGUGCCAGAAGGAACGCCCAGGAGCCUAGCCCAUCUGCCUAUACCACAUCCUUGCUGUGUGUGGGCAAGACCUUUGCCCAGGGGCUGGCGUAGCCCAGCCAGGACUGGCGGGGACGGGGACCGCUUGGCAAACACGCUCAGAUUUGCAGUGCGUUUAUGGAUCCUCCUCCCAGUAAACGCUGGGCCCCUUCUCCUGGCUGACUUGCUGUCACUGUGCUUGUUUCAGCAGCAGGUACUGCAGCAGGAGCAGCUGUGGCACUGGACUAGGACAGGCUGGGGAUGAGGAAGGAGCAGCCACACGUGGCGGAAGUGCCCUGGUGGACACCUGCCCUGGGCCUGAGCCCACACUGUAUUUCCUGGUUUGUCUGUGAACUUGAUCAUGUGGACCGCUGUACCCGCCGCCCCUCUCCUCGUCUCGCACUGCCACUGCAUGGCCUCCUGUCACUGUGAAUCAUGGCUGCUCUCAGUUUGUAGUAUCUCAUUAAAUUGGCCCUUUCACUCCCCUGC